AUGCCCUCUCUCCCGCAGCAACUUCGUCUGCCCGAGCCUCCUCAGGGCCUGCCGCACCCGGAGUAUGUCACGCCGCGCGGGGUCUCGCCGCUCCUCUCCGUCCGGGAAGCAGGUCUGCAAUACCCCAACUACACCCCGUUCAAGCUGCCCAACUUGGAAGAGAGACCCUUCGUUGAUCGCGGGUUGAGUGCAGACCCGAACAAGAGUCGUCUGCUGGAUGCCGCCCAGGCCGUGAUCCACUUGACGCCGGAAAUCGGCACCGAGAUUGUCGGCCUGCAACUGACGGAGCUGACGGACGACCAGAAGGACGACCUCGCUCGCCUGGUGGCCGAGCGCGGGGUGGUCUUCUUCCGCGACCAGACCAUGGAUGUCCAUGAACAGAUCGCCUUUGGGGCGUACUACGGCCCCUUGCACAUCCACCAGAUGGCCGGCAUCAUUCCCGAUCUGCCUUGGGUGCAUCCCAUCUACAAGGACGACACGGCCGUCAACGGGCGCUCCCACCAGAUUUGGCACUCGGACGUCAGCUAUGAGAUCCAGCCUCCGGGGUUGACGAUGCUGAAGAUGGACACGCUCCCCAACGCUGGACCGGGGGGCACUGUGGCCGGCGGGGACACCAUUUGGGCCAGUGGCUAUGGCCUGUAUGAGUCUCUCUCCCCGAAACUCCGAUCGUUCCUGGAGACGCUAGAGGCGCGGCAUAGUGGCCUGGAGCAGGCGGAGAAGGCCAUUCGAACGAAUGGGUGUCUGCGUCGCGAUCCGAUUGAAACCCUAGUAAGUCCCAGCUGGAUUCCUGGUGUCACCAACCCACCGACUCACCAUCAACAGCAUCCCGUGGUUCGCACGCACCCGGUUACCGGAUGGAAAACGCUGUAUGUGAACGAGAACUUCACCAAGGAGAUUGUCGGACUGGAGAAACGGGUGGGAGACGGCCUUCUCGACCAACUGUUCCGCACGGUGGCCGAGGGCUACGAAUUCCAGGUCCGCUGGAAGUGGUCCCCGAAUGCUGUCGCCAUCUGGGAUAACCGCGCCACGUUUCACACGGGCAUUUUUGACUACUGUGAGUUCCCGCAUCUGCGCCACGGGCUGCGCGUGGCUCCCCAGGCCGAACGACCGUACUUGGAUUCCCAGUCGACGACCCGGCGGGAGGCGGGAGGCAAGUGA